AUGGACGUCUCGCAAUUAGCCGCAUACUGCUUCAUCCCGAUCAACCUGGUCUUUGCUCGCACACGGUUCGCCGACUUCAUCUUACCUUCAGGGACAUUGUACCUUUUGUCCACUCAGCUCGAAUAUCCAUUCCAAUUUGACUGGACUACGUGGCCUCCACUACCCUCGACAGCGUUCGCAGUCCUGCCAGUAGUGAGACAAGUUUACAAUUGGGCUUACGAGAAAGCAUUCGGCGAGCUGAACAGAAAGUGGAUAAAGGAGGUACAGCCUCGAAGAGAAGAAGGAUACGACGGUCAAGAAGGUAAUAUAGCUGACAUCCUCAACGAACAUGAAGCAGAGCUAGCAGAGGUCGAAGGGGACGAUGCAGGUGGAAUGGUUCUAGAACUGGAGGUGAACCUUGGAGUUGAAGAGGUCAUGGAAGACGAUGGUGAGAACGAAGGAGAUGCAGACCCAAAUGCUGCGGGUCAGCAGAAUGGAAACCAGAACGGUAACGCGGUCCCUGCUGGUAGAGUGCAUCAAUUGCUCGGCGACAAUGAGCUGAUGGACGAUACUUCGAGCAUCGGCCAACUCGUCAUAGGAUCUCUCGUUAUGCCAGCAGUAGCAUCAGCAGCUGGAGAACUACUCAAAGCAGUGCUUCCUAUCUCAUGGACGAGCCCAGCGUUCAAUUACAGUUCACGCCGUCACGGUCUACUGGCAUCAAAGUGGGGAAGAAGUCUCGUUGGUGGCCUUGCUUUCGUGGCUGUCAAGGAUAUGUUGGUGCUAUACUGUCGGUGGCGCUUAGCUGAGGGCCACAAGAAGAGGAGAGUGAUGAACUUCGACAAGAGGAAGAAGGAGUAUGUCGCUGUCCGGUAG